AUGUCAGAUUCCGCCCUCGUUGGAUAUCUGAAACAGAGAUAUAUGCUGGCUGGCGGGCUAGUGGCCGACGAAGGAGGUGGUGCACAGAAGGAAGCGGUGAAGCUAGAGAGUACGGAAACGGAGAUGAUCGGCAAGGCCGUCGACUCGGCGGGUCCCUAUGCUCAUUCCUCACAAGUCCGCGUCCGCAGCCCAUCACCUCCCACGAGCCUCGAGCCCACCUUAGGUAGGUACCUAAUUAAUGUACCCGUGCAGGGAGGGGGGAGCGGGACGACGGGCAUCUCCCCAACUUCCCGCGUUCAGCUUCCAGUAAGCUUGAAGGUAUUUUGCAUUUUUGGCAAACUUCAACCGUUCAUUAAUGACUUUCUCACUCCUCGUACCCCUGAACGACUGGACCGUGAGAACCUGACAAGCUGGGAGAUCUCCCUCUUAAGUGAUCUGCAAAUCCGCUUCCGACUCGAACGCGGGCAUCGACUAUCGAGACCCCAAGCUCGGUGGGCGGGUGAUAACGCUACCUAUUUGCCUACUUCAGCGACACCCUUGGCAGAAUACUUCUGGAUUGCUGGCAUAGAGAAUAUCUCGUACGACGAUGGGACACAGGCGACCGCGGCCCAGUUCGACGAUACCAUUGCCGAAGAUGGCGAAGCUGAGGCGGCCGACGGACCCAUAGCUUCGUCCACGAGGGCCUCGGCCCGCCAUUCUCGCCAGAACUCUGCCAAUCGUCUGUCCAAACUAUCUGGCGACGGUUUCCAGGACGAGUUCGACGGCAAUACAAGGAGUAACCGCAGCAGUGCCACCAUCAGGCCAAACCCCCCUCCCAAUGCUGCCUCCAACCCCAACUCCAACGGGGCCUCGCCCGACGCCUUCUUGCAGGACUUUGACUUCGAUAAGGCGUUGGUCAAGUUCGCGGUCGAGCGUGAGAACUUCCUGGACGAUCUCACAUUCAGUGCCGGCGCAAAGGUCCAGUCAAGACCACCCAUGGUCAACCCAAGAGCGGAGAGGGUCAAGGCCGACGAUGGCGAUCUCAGCGGGAGGAAAAGCCCGUUGAUGAAGAGCAUCCGUGGGAGCAUCCGUGGCAGCAUCCGUCGCAAAAUGAGUUUUAGGGACAUGAAUAGCGUGAGGAGGCAGCCAACUGCUCCUAAGCCGGCAUCCAUCCGGACUGCGCGACGCCUGAGUCACUAUAACUCUGUCAUCCCCCCGCCGGAGCCGCUCAAUACCGACCCCGACAUGCACCCCCUCAAGAGAAGGUUCGAACCCGUGCUCCUAGACAGAUACCCCUCGAGGGACAACGCCGACGACCUCUCAAAACGGGGCAAGUUCCCGGACUACGUGCCCAUGUUUGCCUUCCCGAACGAUAUCCAAAUCGUGUCUUCGGACGAUCGGCCACGCUCAACCUGGCAUGGCUUCACCAUGACCUCGGACGAUAACUCCAAAUUAUACGGCAUCGCCGUUAUCGUAUGGACGGCCUUGGAUGCAGAUAUCGCCCAAGAAAUAGAGAAGAAAUGCGAGGAUUGGAGACAGAAUCACAUGUCGAAUGAGGAGAGAGAGCUGGCUGCAAGUCUGGGUGUCCGACUCGCGGCAGAACGCGCACAUCUGUCUCAGUUGCUAGCCAAGUUACCAACCGUGCCGUCGGGUUCGUCCGCCCGCGAAAACCUGGACGAACAGAUCAGCGCCGUGGAGGAGAAGAUCAGCCUAAUGGCGGAAAUGUUGAGGCCCCUGAGACAUGGAGCCGCGUCCAAAAUAGACGGUCUCACGGCUGGUGAGACCGGCCUCUGGACACCCCGAGCCUACGGGAUCCUCGGGAAGGACGCAACGAGGAUGUCUUUCUGGAAGGAGUGGCUUAGGGCAGUCAUUGUGCCCAUGGCCGACGGCGCCAUUUUACGGGUACCGGCGAGCUCGCCAAAGGUUGGGCGAUGGCAACCCCUGGAACGAUAUGUCGUCAAUCUUUGCACCGAAGCUUUCAGUCCGUUGAGCUCCACGACACAGGUCGAGCUCGGAGUCCGUGAGCUUCGCCUCUAUGCGCGCAAGGAGGCCGAGAACGAGCUUCCCGGUUCCCGAAACAUCGACAUCUACGCCCUCUUCAGAUGCCUUUCCCUUGACAAUAUCGUGGCUCUUUACGAGUACGCCAUGUCGGAAUCUCGCAUCAUAUUUCUCUCCUCGCAUACAGCGAUGCUCCAUCUUGCAUGCCAUGCGCUCGCAAGCCUACUGUACCCCCUGAAAUGGGCCAGCAUUUUUAUACCAAUCCUCCCGGCCAGGCUCCUCUCGGCGCUAGAGGCCCCCUGCCCUUAUAUCAUCGGCAUUGAGAGACGCUACGAGAAUAUCGAGCUUCCCGAGGAUGACUAUGUACUCGUGGAUCUGGACAAGGACACGGUCGAUGCAACAUCACAGCCUGUUCCGAUGCCGAAACAACAUCGGCGCAAGCUAGUUUCCCUGCUCCAAGUCGCCGCUCCGCACAGCCUACGCUACGGCGUUGCUACUGGGGCGCCGCCCUACGCGAUGGAGGCAUUCCCUUACGACUCCUUCUCUGCCGAGAACGACUCGCUUUUCAACCCUGUCACGGCCCCUAGCUCGCUUGGGAAAUGGGUCUCGCAAAGCUCGACGACGUUCGGAGAACCGAUAGCGCCUGAAUCCAUCCGGGUCCCCGUUUUCAACGCGUUCUCCAGCUCCAAGGUGGAAUAUUCUAAGCCGGAUCGACCGCCCACGGGUAAAUCUGGGAGGGGUAGCCCGCCCUCUUCGCUGUCGCCCGUCUCCAUGAACUUCCCUCCCAUGCCCACGACUCCGAUCUCUCGGAGCGAUUCUGGUUUUGCCCUCACUCUGCGCGAGAAGCGGUCCGGCCAUUUUGACGAGAGGCCUAGGAGGAGCUCAUCCUUUGGCAUUGACAAGCACCCGCCCCUGCACCGACCCAGCCUGCCAUUCUUGAAUGGCCACGGCACCAGUCUCUCCAUCUCGGCCAUCUCCAUCGACUCGCAGUCCUCGUAUGGCGGGUACGCUCCAUCGAGCUAUGCGCAGUCGACGAUCGCGGCAUCGACUGUCAUGCCGAACAUGACGGUGCAGGCCGUGCAGAACACCGAGACGACGGUGUGGGUCGAGGGACACUGCUUCGACUGGGACCACCUCGAGGCGUCGUCUGUGUGCACCGUCUGCGAAGACAAGUCCGAAGGGGAUGGCCUUUACAAAUGCAGGGGAUGCAGCUGCCUGGCUCAUAACCGCUGCUUGGGCGUCGUCUCGCUUGUCUGCCCAGCCGCAUUCCACGCCGAUCGCGUCCGGGCGGCCUUCGUACGAUGCCAAGCGAGCCUUCUCUAUACGUACAGGAAGCACCUAGGGCGCCCUACAAAGGAGCAAAAGGCCAACGGCCAAGUCCACGCCUUCGACAUGGAUGGAUUCAUCAGGGGUUCGCCCUAUGAUCAGCAAGAGUAUGCCACAAUGAUGAGGGACACGCAGCUUUUCAACGAGUUCAUCCACGAGCGUGAGAGACACGCCGCGUCUCACCCAACAAUACGCCUGUUCGACGAGAUAAUCCUCGCCAAGAAAGGGCGUAAGAGGCCUGCCCUAUCGUCCGGGUUCUCUCGCUUGUCGACCAUCAGGGCGUCUCACGGAGCGUCGACUGGCUUCUCCGGGCCAGCCAAGCGAGCAAAGAUACCCGGAUAUCUGAGCGAUACCACGGAGCAUAUCUGGAGGACCGCUUCGGUUCCAGUACCCAGUGCCAAGUUCUCUGGCGAUUACAAGGCCAUAAUCACCAGAGUUCCCGCGAAGCUUGACCCAGCACUGAUGAAGGAGCCUCGGGCAAUCCAGGGCGUCCCGAGACCCGAGCAAGGAAGAGUCCGCGGGUUGAUUCGGAAGCAAGUCCCGAGCAUGCUUGGGCCUCCGGCCCCAACUCCUUUUUAG